AAGAAGCAACUUUCGCAAAGUUUAAUAAUAAACCGCGCUUGUUUUAAAUCUUAUUGAUAGAUAAGCAGGCCUAAAUGCAGAUUUAUAUAUAUAGAACUUUAUAAAUAGUGUAUUUUUGUUUGAAAGAUGAAAAAAAACAAAUAACUUCUCCGAUGCAAUCUACUUAGAUGUCUUUUUUAGACUACGUGAAGUUCUGGAUUUCAUCCAUCAAGACAUUUGGUAGUAGAAACGGCCCCUGUGUUAAUUAUAGCUACUCACACGGAAGGAAAAUCUGAAGAUGAAAUUGAUGAAUAUUUUAAAGAGUUCUGGAAAGCCGUUCCAGAGGAGGACAGAGAUUGGUUGAGAGGUUCUCUAGUCGACUCUGAGUAUGAAGUUGAUCUUCUUAGUCUGAGUGAUGAAGGCAGAGAAACAUUAGAGUCUAUCAAAACAUCCAUUAUUAAAGCAGCCACACAAAAACUGAACAAUACAAUAAAAGUGCCUUCGAAAUGGGCCCUGCUAGAACAGCUGAUCAAAGAGAAAAAGAAAGAAGUUAUGUCAUUUGAUGAAAUUUGGGAUAAAAACACUAAAUGCCUUCCUUUUGAAUUUCAACUUGAAAACAAAGCAACAUUAUCGGAAUUUUUAAAGUUUUUUCACAAUAACGGGUUGUUGUUAUGGUUUGAAGAUGGAAAUUAUUUUGAAGAACAUUCAAAACAAAAGGUUAUCCUUGAUAUUCAGUGGUUUGCUAUUGCAGUAAACAAACUUAUAGCCGAAAAAAAUCAUAUUCAUAAAGACUGUAAGAGAAAGUAAUAUACAGAAUGGAACUUGUUCAACAAGACAGGGAAAUUAAAUGACAAACUGCUGACUGCUCUGUGGCAAGAUGUACCCUCGUAUUUGAAUCACAAAACUGAAAUUAUGACCAAAAUUGAGAAACUCCAUAUGAUUGUUGCUCUACAUUCCAAAAACGACACCAUAGAUACAGGCAAAGCAUGGUUUGUUCCAUGUUUGAACAAGAGAAUUUUUCACCAGGACUUUUCAGAGGAAAAAUGGGAAUACACAUCAAUACUUUGUUUUCGAUUUCACUCAUUUGCAAUGUUUGUUUACUACAGAAUAGUUGCUAUUUGCAUGAGUUACCUUAAAUGGGAUGUCACCAGGGAAAAUGAGAGUUAUGGCCUAUAUCAAACAGCAUCAAUAUUUGAUUAUAAAAACCACACUGUCGUCAUUGGUAUUUGUGAAAAUGACAUUCAGGUGCAACUGAAGCGCAUUAAACCUUCAGUUAUAGAGACAAACAUUUCAAAUGAGAUUGGAGAGGCUGUGCAAUCUGCUUGUAAAAAUCUUACAGAAACAUUUGAUGAGAAAAUUUAUUAUCACAAAGGAUACAAAUGCCAACGCAUUAUUUGUAAUUAUGAAGAUCGGUCAUUUAUACCUGUCAGUGAAAUUUCCUAUAAUAAUAGAAAGGGAAAAAUCCAGUGCAAAUUCUGUUCUGACACGCAUUCAAUAAAUGUAGAAAAAAUCCUGCGCUUCUGGGAAAAGGAUGUUCAUGCCAAUACUGAAGGAAACACGGAGGGUUGUUGCAGGGAUUACAAUCGUUCAGAGGGAAAGAAAACACGAAGAACAGAACCUGAAUAUCCAUUUUCCAAGGGAGUGUAUCCAACAGAUGUGAUGACAAGCUUUAUCAAAGUAGAGGUCAGCAAGAGUGUAGGACUAAUACUCGUUGAUGGAAUUUCUGUGGGAACAGGAUUUCGUGUUGGGGAAAAAUAUAUCAUGACAUGCUUACAUGUUCUAGAAAAUAUUGUCAAAGAUCAAAAGUAUAUCGAAUGUGAUAGAAUCUGCGUUCAGUUUGGCAAGACAAAAGUGGCCCAGACAGAUGAACCAAGGAAGAAAUUUAGAUUUGAACCAACUCUUCACUAUAUGGAUAAAGAAUUUGAUGAAGCUAUUCUAGAAUUAAAAGUUCACCAGGAAAGCACCGUAACGUUGGCGCCACCAUUGACUUCAUUUGGAUAAAUGCAGUAUCCAUCAGAGAUUCACCUUAUUGGCCACAUUGGCUGCGUGCAAAUGAAAGAAGACAGUCAAGUUUAUCCAAACAUAAUCAAACCAAACAACGAGGUUGAUAUUUACAUUAAAUGGCUAAGUGACUGGAGUAGACAAAAUCUUCCUAAUAGAAUUGAUUAUUACGCAACACUGCGUGAUCCACCACAGAAGAUACUUUUCAGCACGACAUUUGCACCUGGAUCUUCAGGGUCACCUGGUUUUAUGAUUAAACAGCAGAAAGCUUAUGUCGUACUUAUUGUCAGAGCUGGUGUUCCCAGUUGCUUUUACGAAGAUGGUGUACAUGUACCUGCAAAUAAAAGAGUUGAGUAUGGAUAUGCUUUAGAGGCAAUAAAUGCAAAAAUGCGAAGUUCCACUUCAGAAAACAUUAAAGCGUUAGCAUCUGAACUAUUUGGAAAUACCUUCGAGAUGCCUUAGUGAUAUGUGGUUACAGACAAGAUUUUGUUCAUGUCGUAAAAGCAUAGAAAAUAUCAAGAUAUUUUUUUC